AUGUUCUUUGGAUUACUUCAAGCUUAUAAAUCGCAGUCACAGGGGCUGUACGCCCCUCUGGACAAGGGAUGCAGUGACGACGAAGAUACAGAAGCGCUUCCAAUCCGCCAAAACGGCCGCUCCCAACUAAUCAAGAGACUACUCCUAGUUUUUGUCGUCGCUCAGGUCAUUUUCCUUCCAGUUGGGGCGGUUCUAUGGUAUCUGGGGCGCGACGAACCUAUGAACAGAGCCUUGAAAGAUGUAUCAUUCUACUCCCCUCUUCUGAAUAGAAUAAAUAUACCUUUAGCGUUGCGUUUCGAUGAACCACAGACAAUUGUCGGCGGUAGCGGUGAUAUGACCUGGGGAGCUCAACCGAACCCGGAGAUUGACAAGAUGUGGGCGGACAUCACCACCGAAUCUGCCAUCGCUGUGACGGAAUCGGACAUCGUUGGUAUGAACAAAGAUCCCUCGGUUGCUGUGCAGCUACCCGAGCAGUAUCACUUCGGCGACGAAAAGACAUAUCUAGGGCACGCGCUCGUUUUCCACCGGCUUCACUGCCUAAAUUAUAUUCGAAAAGCGCUUUACAAAGAUUACUAUUAUCCAAAUGGCACAGAGGAAAUUCCAAUGCAUGAACACCAUAUCGCACACUGCAUAGCGAUGGUACUGGAUCAUAUCACCUGUGCAGGGGAUCCUGGAGUCUAUGGUAAGCUUAUUCAAGUGUACCAAUGGUAUGAACAUACCGAAAUUCCUUUACCUGAUGCCAAUACUUGGGGCAAGUGCUGGGAUUUCAAAGGCUUCCGGAAGGAAUUCGACAAAAUUGCUUUGAGAGACUUGAAUCCUCAUGAGAUGUUCAAGCCGCCUGGAGCAAAAUCAGUGAAAGAGCGUAACAACCUUCAAGAAAUCAUAUAUCAGACACGUCAAAAGCAGCCUAGUCGCAGUAUAUAA